AGGAGCUACGCCAACGAGAGGACAGGUGGCGCGUGACUGACGGCUGCAGCGGCCUCUCGCACGCCCCGCCCCGGCUGCGGGCUCGCUCUCCUUUCCCCGCGCUCUCCCCGCCUCCCCUCCCUCCCCUCCCGGCUCUUCUCUUCCCGUUGAGGUGGCGGCCGGCCUCGCCUCCUAGUCCGCUCCGUUUUCCUGUCCUCGGUUCUUCCCUUUCCCCCGGGGCCCAGAGCGGCCGGACUUCUCGCUCCCUUCCCUACGGUGGCCUUCGAGCCCGUGCGUGCGCUCCUUCCCCCGCCAUGAAUGAGGAAUACGACGUGAUCGUGCUGGGCACCGGCCUGACGGAAUGUAUCCUGUCGGGGAUAAUGUCAGUGAAUGGAAAGAAGGUUCUUCACAUGGACCAGAACCCUUACUAUGGAGGAGAAAGUGCAUCUAUAACACCGCUGGAAGAUUUAUACAAAAGGUUUAAAUUACCAGGACAACCACCAGCAUCAAUGGGGAGAGGAAGAGACUGGAAUGUUGACUUAAUUCCCAAGUUCCUUAUGGCCAAUGGUCAGUUGGUGAAGAUGCUGCUUUACACAGAGGUCACUCGCUAUAUGGAUUUCAAAGUGAUUGAAGGGAGUUUUGUCUAUAAGGGAGGAAAAAUCUACAAGGUUCCUUCCACUGAAGCAGAAGCCCUGGCAUCUAGUUUAAUGGGACUGUUUGAGAAACGCCGCUUCAGGAAGUUCCUAGUUUAUGUUGCCAACUUUGAUGAAAAAGAUCCUAGAACUUUUGAGGGUGUUGAUCCUAAGAAGACCUCCAUGAGAGAAGUAUAUAAGAAGUUUGAUUUGGGCCAAGAUGUUAUAGACUUUACUGGCCAUUCUCUUGCAUUGUACAGAACAGAUGACUAUUUAGAUCAGCCGUGUUGUGAAACCAUCAAUAGAAUUAAGCUUUACAGUGAAUCUUUGGCAAGAUAUGGUAAAAGCCCAUACCUUUACCCACUCUAUGGCCUGGGAGAACUGCCACAAGGAUUUGCAAGGUUAAGUGCUAUUUAUGGAGGUACCUACAUGUUGAAUAAGCCAAUUGAAGAAAUCAUUGUGCAAAAUGGAAAAGUAGUUGGCGUAAAAUCUGAAGGAGAGAUUGCUCGCUGUAAGCAGCUCAUCUGUGAUCCCAGCUAUGUAAAGGAUCGGGUUGAAAAAGUGGGCCAAGUAAUCAGAGUGAUCUGUAUCCUUAGCCACCCUAUCAAGAAUACCAAUGAUGCCAACUCUUGCCAGAUCAUCAUUCCACAGAACCAAGUCAACCGCAAGUCAGAUAUCUAUGUUUGCAUGAUCUCCUUUGCACAUAAUGUGGCAGCACAGGGCAAGUAUAUUGCCAUUGUAAGUACAACUGUGGAGACCAAGGAGCCAGAGAAAGAAAUCAGACCAGCUUUGGAGCUCUUGGAGCCAAUUGAACAAAAAUUUGUGAGCAUCAGUGACCUCUUUGUACCUAAAGAUUUGGGAACAGAAAGCCAGAUCUUUAUUUCCCGUGCCUAUGAUGCUACCACUCACUUUGAGACAACCUGUGAUGACAUUAAAGAUAUCUAUAAGAGGAUGACAGGAUCUGAGUUUGACUUUGAAGAAAUGAAGCGCAAGAAGAAUGACAUUUAUGGAGAAGACUAACAGCAGUACAUAUUAUGCAAUUAGGACAAACUCAAAAAUUUGGCAAAUAAUGUGUAUUGUAUGAAAUCAAUAUUGUAAGCCCUGCUUUUAUGAUCAAAAUGGAGAUUGAAGAGUGCUAUACCAGUGAAUACUCCUUCCCUUCACUUUUCUAAUAUCAUGUAUUAACUUGUUUUCAUGGAAUGGCUAGUCAGAAUUGGUUGGCUCUGUUCAGUUUAACCAGGCUGGAAUUUUUUUCUAGUGGAGGAGCUUUUCUAAGCAAAUAUUGGUAUCGAUAGAGAACUUGAUACAAUACUUGUAUCUUUUAAUCAGUGUAACAUUUGCAAUUGUGUGACUCUGCUCAAGAGCUAGAUCCAUACAAUUUGUGCCAUCCCGAUAUUGGGAGUCUAAAUUGAAUAUUCUUUGGUUUGGGAAAACAUUCAAAGUUUUCUCAAUUUUGUUAUGUCAAGUAUUACAGCAGGGCCCAAAUAGCAGAGCCACAUGUUUUGUUUAUGUGGGUAUAAACUUUUAACCAAACUUCAGACUUAGGAGUUGUUUGGAGAAAGCCAGUAUAUGAUAUUUUAACCUACUACAAUUGCUGAGAAAGGGGAAGGGAACCUUAUGGUAAAGCAGGUAAAAUAUAGAAGCACCUUUUAUCCCAGCUAUGGCUUCUUCAAUGGACCAAGCUGCAAUGCAGUAUUGAUUUGACAGAGCCUCAAUUUCAAUGAUGUCUGUCUCAAAAUGGCUCCAAAUGAUUUCUGUACUGCAAAAUAAAGCCAAACUCUGGAAACCUG